CUCCAGCACAUCCAGUGUCCCCCCGCCUGUACCAAAUUUCACCACUGAUUGGUCGCCCCAAUUCCAACAUCCCUUAGACCAGUCAUGCACUCCAGCCGGCGGCCGGCUGGCAUCAAGUGCAACACCUCCCCAACGCUGUGAACACCAGCCAAACGGACUAUCUCGAAACCUCAGUCCCAUCACCCACGGACAAUGGCCCGGUGCACGCGAUGCCUCCCCCUCUAUCGCUACCCCUUCUGACCCGCCUCGCCCACCGAGCUGGAGCCGCAGCCUCUACCGUGGGCGCCAAUGCCCUCAUGCGCUGCCGCUGCCUCGCGGCGAGGCCGGCGCCGCAGCACCGUUAUCGCCUGCCCCUCGUCGCUUUCUUCAGCGCAUCCCCCUCCGCGGCGUUGAAGAAGCACGAGAUGCCACCCAGGCCCAGACCGCCCCCAGACUCGGACAUCGAAGAGUCCUACCUCAAGGGCAGUGGGCCGGGUGGCCAAAAGAUUAACAAGACGAGCUCGGCCGUGCAACUCAAACACAUCCCCACAGGCAUCGUCGUCAAGUCCCAGGCCACCCGCUCCCGAACCCAGAACCGCAAGAUUGCCCGCGAGAUCCUGGCGCAAAAGAUUGACGACCUGCAGAACGGAGAGCAGAGUCGUUCUGCCAUAGUAGGCGAGGUGAAGCGGAAGAAGGCAGCGAGCGCCUCGAAAAAGAGCAAGAGAAAGUACCGCCAGCUGGAGGAAGAAAAGGCACAGGGCGAAACGGCCGAGGUGGAGAUCCGAGAGCAACAUGCUGAGGACCAGACGAACAGCGCACCGACCGCCGCUGAACCAUCAUCACUUUCACCGGACGUCAGCCCAGAUGUGCAAAGCACGAGACUGUAACAUCACAUAGCAUCGUAACGUAGUAGAUCAUCUGGAGAAUAAACUGAUUAUCUCUACUCCU